CAAAUCUAAUGAGUAAAUCAAUAAAUAUGAGUAAAACAUCAUAUCAGUUUGAAAGUUCUUAGUAAAACUUUUAAUCCUAAAACAACCAAGGGAAAAUUGAGGUAAAAUUUAAUGAUUUUAUUUUUUAGGAGGAAUUCUAGUAAAUGGAAGGUUAUUUUCACAGUGACGGAGGGAAAAUUUAUGCUUAGUAACUUUAAAGUAAUGGUGGAGAGAUUAAGUAAAAAGUAAAAAUAGUCAUUAAUGUCAGUUCUUAAAUUCAAGUAAAAAUGAGCACGAAACAAUACAAUUCGGCUCCUCUCAAGAACAAAAUAGCUAAUCUGCUCUAACAAAUGGAAAUGUAUUACCAUAUUCAUAAUUAGAUUUCAUCAACGAGACAACAACAUGUGAAAGAAGAUCACGGGUAGAGUGAUGGGGGAAUGCAAGUCCAAAGUAAAUGCUAACUAAAUGCUCAAACAUCUUCUGUAAUAUAUAUCCUAAUUGUAGAGCGCCUAAUAGACAAGUUAUUAAACUCAAACUAUAGUAACAAAAACAAUCACAACAUCGUCACAUUAGAUAUCCAAGUCAUAAGAUUAAGAAUAAGUAUCAACAGUAUAAUAUAUUUAGUUUGAAAAUGCUGGAUUUGAAUUGAUGAGUGGCCAAGGUAACAUCGAAGGAGAAGCUAAUGGGAUUGCGUCAGAAGUAAAUCUAUAUCAUUAACUAUUUAGUCAUUGUAUAAAUAUGGUGGGUACAACCUCAAAGCUGAUCAUGCUUAGCUUGGGGGAGAGUUAAAGCUUAAUAAAUAUAAUUUUUCAGAUGCGUCUUUAAAGGUUAAUAUAAAUUUAUUAAUAUUAGGAUAAAUAAUUUAAGAGUUCAGCAGGUAAAAUUUAGAUGGCAUGCGAUAUCGCUAUGGCUGCUGCUCUAAGAAAAUAAGAAGAAUAAGCAUCUACAGGUGGAGCUAUAGCUAAUUGGGAAUUAUAAAUGAAAUCCAUGGCAGAAUUAAAGGCCUAAUAUUAAAUAUCAGCUAAAGUUUCAAUAUCAUAGCGAUCUCAUCUUUUGUAUGGCUAUGGCUUUCAAGGAAAAGAUGGCAAACCAUAACAAUGUGAGGAAGGAGAUUUGGAGAAAAAGAAAGAGCCUUUGAAUUUGGCUGUUUGUGAUGCUGAAUGCAUUGAAAAACCUAAGAAGAAACUAGAAGAGUUAGCAAGUGCUCCAUAGGAUCCGGAAGAGUUUAGUAAAAGCAAAUAUAUACCCAUUGUUCAAUCACCUGAUACAUAUUUUAAACCCAGAAGUGAAGAUUUUAUAAGAAUAAUCCCAAAAAGCCAAUAAUAAAUAGUCUAUCCAGUUAAUUCAGUUAGAAGCAUUAUUACACCACAAUUUGUAACUUGCGAAUAAGUUCAAGUACUUUUUAACUCAAAUUUUAGGUUGCUAAAUAAUCAAUUCGAACUAAAUGUUCAAGUGUUAGAUAGCCUGUCAUCAUCUAAGAAGAGACUGCACCUACAAUUCUACAAAGAACAUAUGGAGCUCCAAAUUCAGUAAGACAUUAGGAAUCCUUUUUUACAGUCUAAUCUGUAUAAUAACAGCUGGUGGCAGUCUAACCUUAGGUUAUCCAGUAAUAAGCUAUUAUCUAAGUUCAACCCUAACCUAUUAUUCAAUAAUAAGUGGUUUAAGUCUAAGAAAUACAACCAUUAUAAUAAGUUAUUAUGGUCCAACAAACUCAAAAUGCUGAAACAUAUUCAUAAUAGCAUAUUCAAAUCUAAUAACCUCAUUUAAUUGGUCAAACUGUAUAACUAAUUGGCCAAUAAACUUAAUUUGUAAAUACUUAAGCACUUUAGAUGACAACUUAAUAACCUUAACUAGUUGUCGCUUAACCCUAAUAAGUAGUAUCUGUUGCACAACAAGGAGUUUUAAUCUAAGGAAUAUAAUAAGAGAUCGUUCCUCAAGUGGCUGUACAAUAAUAAUAAAUCGUUUCACACAAACAAUUAGUAUAACAAGAUGCAAUUUCACCUAUCAGAUAAACCCAAAUUAUUUAAUAGCCAUAAGUAGUCUUGCAACCAUCGUCUUAAUAAUAAAUAAUGUUAGUCUCAAACUAGCCCUUAGUCUAAUAAUAAACUGCUUAAAUACAAUAAUCUGUUUAUUAAAUACAGCCCUAAUAGACUAUUUAAUAAAUUUAAUCAUUUCAAUAAGUAAAUACUUAUACUAAACUCUAGGUAACUUCACCUUUAAGAUAAUAACAUUUGGUUUUAUAAGCUUAAAUACCAUAAAGCUAUACGACAUAGCCAGUUGAAUUUUUGUAACCAAUCUAAUCCCCUAACACUAUUCCAAUCAGUUAACAGUAAUUUGGCUUUUAAUGUAUCCUCCAAAAAGUGUGA